AUGCCACAGGUCGCAACACCACUGAGCUCCAGAAAUGAAAUUAUACAAGCACCAGAAGCUUGGUUUGGAAUACUUCCUGAUGCGACAGAUGCAACGGCAGGAAAAUCGAUGAGACCACACGCAAAACCCCAAAGAAGUCUGAACCAAGACAGAAAAGUGGAGGCUUCCGGUAAUGUACAGGCUCGACAGGAGGACUAUGAUACCAGCGAUGCGGUCCCUCAUCCUCGGAAAAAAAGCAAAAAGCAACCCGUCGAUGAAGGAACCCUUGAAGAUAUUGUAGAGACUUUCUGGAAGUUACUAAAAAGAGGUAUCGAAGCUGGUAUGGACGAUACGGGGAUGAAGGACGGUUUCAUCGUCGCUACGCUGCAUGAGAUACAAGAAGCGGAAGAGCCUUUUGACCUGAGGAAUUAUCAGAUUCAUGCUAUCAACCGCAUUAUCUACAUCCUGCAAUCUGGAGGCAAAGGAGCAUUACUUGCCUAUGCCAUGGGGCUCCGAAAGACUGUCAUCGUGAUCGUUAUGUACAGCCCCAGCAAGCUCAAGACAUGUGUUCAAGGCAAGUUCUUGCUCGUCGUGCCUCUUGCGCUCAUACCGCUAUGGCAGUCCGAGCUCCAGAGGGGCAUGGAACCAAGUCCUUCUAUCAAGAUAUAUCACGGCGGUCGAGAGAACGAUCAUAGCACUAAGCGUACUCCCUAUCAUCUCUGUACGGUCGACGUCGUCAUCACAACAUACGAGACCUUGAGAAAGGGUUAUGAAUCCUUGUGA